AUGGAGUUCAGAUUAGAGAAAGAUCUGAGCUGUCCGGUCUGCCAUGACAUCUUUAAAGACCCGGUCCUCCUGUCCUGCUGCCACAGCUUCUGUAAAGACUGUCUGCAGAGCUGGUGGAGGGAGAAGGAGGACAAGGAGUGUCCUGUUUGUAAGAAGAGACAUUCAAAUGAAAUUCUACCUCCUAACUUUGCUUUAAAGAACCUGUGUGAGAGUUUCCUCCAGGAGAGAGGUCAGAGGUCUUCAGAGGAUCUCUGCAGUCUGCACUCUGAGAAACUCAAACUCUUCUGUCUGGACCAUCAGCAGCCAGUGUGUGUCGUCUGCAGAGACUCAGAACUACACACCGACCACAGAUUCAGACCGGUCAAUGAAGCUGCUCCAGAGCACAGGAAGAACCUUCAGGAAACUCUGGAGCCCUUAAAGGAGAAGUUAAAGGUUUGUGAAGGAGCUAAAGUGAAGUUUGAUCAAACUGCAGAACACAUUCAGGUCCAGGCCCGACACACAGAGAGGCAGAUUAAGGAGCAGUUUAAGAAGCUUCACCAGUUUCUAGAAGAGGAAGAGGAGGCCAGGCUGUCUGCACUGAGGGAGGAAGAGGAGCAGAAGAGUCAGAGGAUGAAGGAGCAGAUGGAGGCUCUGAGCAGAGAGAUAGCAGCUCUUUCAGACUCAGUCAGAGCCACAGAGGACCAGCUGAGAGCUGGAGACGUCUCAUUCCUGAAAAACUACAAGGCUGCAGUGGAAAGAGUCCAGCAGCGCCCCCUGCUGGAGGAUCCACUGCUGCCCCCAGGAGCUCUGAUUGACCAGGCCAAACACCUGGGCAACCUGAGCUUCAACAUCUGGAAAAAAAUGAGGGACAUGGCCCCCUACAGUCCUGUGAUCCUGGACCCAAACACUGCUCAUCCAGAACUCAUCCUGUCUGAAGGUCUGACCUGUGUGACCAGAGGAGAGUCCAGACUGCAGGUCCCUGAGAAUCCAGAGAGGAUUCAAUAUAACCGCUCCGUCCUGGGCUCUGAGGGCUUUCUCUCGGGGUCUCACAGCUGGGUGGUGGAGGUAGGAGACAGUAUAGACUGGACCCUGGGUGUGUUUGAAGAGUCUGACCUCAGCAAAGCGAACACACAGUCUGGAUUAUGGAGAAUCUGGUUCAAGAGUGGAACAUACAAAGCAGUCUCCCCAACAGAUGCAGACAUUGUCCUCUCAGUCCAGAGUCCGCUCCGGAGGAUCAGAGUGAAUCUGGACCGUAACCGAGGAGAGCUGCUGUUCUCUGAUCCUGACUCUAACACACGCAUACACACCUUCAUACAAUCCCCUCAACACGCCGGGACAGAGAAGAUGUUCCCUUUCUUUAGGAACAUGGAUCAGGACCCUCUGAGGGUCUCACCGUCAAAGGUCCCCGUCAACGUAGAAAAACUGAUGCACGAAUACGACGAUGACGACGAUGAUGAUGAUGUUGAUGUUCUGAAUCUCAUGAGGAACAAGAAGUAUAACGAGAUCUGGGGGACAGUUGUGUGAUCCUUCAUGGUCGGGGCUGAUGCCACAUUAGUUAAACCUUUGUUGUUGUGUUGAGUGUCAGUCAAAUCCUCUGUCAGUGUGUCUGUGAGGAAUAUUAAAGAAGUCUUCUUCAA